AGGAGUAAUCCACUUAGGACAGCAAGUGAGGUAAAGGUUUUGCACUUCAGUCUAGCCUGGAUACAUUUCUACACUCCUGAGCUCCUUCUUAUUAUUGAUAGGCUAUACUUUAGGCAAUUUUACAUCGACGUCGUGGCAACAUGUUGGUUGCGUCUGCAUUAAGACAGUUUUUUACACGUUCGCACGGUUUGUUACGAUGUAGAACGAAAUGUGAUGUUCCGUUUCACGCAGCAUCUAGGAUUUUAAUAUCACCAUAUCUGCCCCAGGCCUCUGACGGUAAUACGGUGCUACUGAGCACCUGUGUACAGCCACCAAGGUCAGAGGAGAAGGUGACAGUCUAUUUCAUCAACCGUGAUGGGCAGAAGAUCACCACUUUGGGUGCCAAGGGCGACAGUCUUCUAGACCUGGUCGUCAACCAAAACCUAGAUAUCAAUGGCUUUGGUGCGUGUGAGGGGACCCUGGCCUGUUCCACCUGUCAUGUGAUCCUGGAUCAGAAGGUGUACGACCAGCUGGGGCCCAUCACUGAUGAGGAGAAUGACAUGCUGGAUCUGGCCUUUGGCCUCACUGACACGUCUCGUCUGGGUUGCCAGGUCUGCCUAUCCAGAGAUCUGGAGGGCAUAACGGUCCGUGUGCCAGACGGGGUGAACGACAUGAGGCGGUCUGAUGAUGCUGGACCUACACUGUAAAAAAAAAAAUGGUGUUGUUUUUACAAUAUUAUACAAUAAAACUAACUGUACUUUAUUCAUUAUUUACAGUAAAUUGCCGUAAAUCACAAUGCACUCUGGAUGAUUUUAGGCGUAACUGGUAAAUUAUACCGUAAA